AUGACCGAUCUCAACGAGUCGAUCGAAAUUGGACUAGAAGCUGUCAACGCGACCCCCCCUGCCCACCCAGGUCGAGGAGAGCGAUUAGCCAACCUUGGAUCUCGUUUUGAAGACAGACAUCUCAGAACAGGAGCUGUUUUUGACAUUGAAAAGGCGGUUCAGCUCACUAGAGAGGCCUCUCAGGUAUCUCAGCCACAUCAUCGAAACCAUUCAGAAUGCUUAGUCACUUUCGGAGCUGUUCUCCAUACUAUGUACAAACAUACAGGUAAAAUCACCGAUCUUGAAGAGGCAAUCCGAGUCAGCCAAGAAGCACUUGUUGAGGCAACGUUCGAAAGUGAUCCACGUUUUCCAUCAAGACUCAGUAUGCUUGGAAACCUGCUUCAAAUGAGAUUCUCGGCGCUGGGAGAAGCUACUGAUAUAGAGGGAGCCAUUAGAGCUCAGAGAGACGCUGUUGGCAGAAGCCCGCAAGAUGAUGCCGACCACCCGGGAUAUUUGAGCAAUCUCGCAAUUUGUCUCAGUGGUCGAUACUCUAUGACGAGAAACAAAGACGAUCUCGAUGAAUGUGUUCGACUUUCUCAGGAAUCAGUUGAUGCGACACCCAGAGUUCACGCAGAUUGGGCGAUUCGAUCAAGCAACCUCGGGGAUUGGUUAUACGAAAGAUAUUCCAGGAUCGGGCGAGUGGUUGACCUGGAUGAAGCCAUUCGAAUUGGUAGCGAAGUUUCCAACGCAACCCCGACGAAUCAUCCUAACAGAUCGGUUUACUUGAACAACCUUGCUAUACGCCUCAGUGACCGAUAUUCGAGGACAGGUGUCGUGGAUGACCACGAUGAAGCCAUUCGGAUUGCCCAGGAAUCCGUCGAUGCAACACCAAAAGACGACGCAGAUAGGAUUGGGCGAUUGCUCAACCUUGGAGGACGACUUUGUGAGAGAUAUCGGAGGACCGAACUCGACUCCGACUUCAAGACGGCCUUUGAUGUUGGAAAACAAGCUUUAGACGCUUCACCAACAGGCCAUGCCCUCCGAAUGGCUUGUCUAAACAACUUGGGUGCUUUGAUGGUUCAAAAACACAAGAUGAAAAGUAGCAUGGCUGAUCUUGACGAAGCGAUUCGAUACUGUCGUGAGUCUGUCGAUGCGACCUCUCACAAUCACCCUGAUCGGGCUGGACGACUUAGCAACCUCGGCGCCAUACUUGCCGAGAGAUUCAUCUUCACAAAGGAGCCUACGGCCCUGAAUGAAGUUUUUUCGUGUUUCCAAGCCGCAAUUGAGCUCCCUAGCUCGCCACUGAUUAUUCGGAUACAUGCUAGCAGGGAACUCAUUUUCUGGCUCGCGGUCGGUUCUAAGUGGCAACAAGCGUUCGAAGCUGCGGAUGCCGCCAUUCGCCUUAUUCCGCAAUUGGUCUUGCGGUCGCUGGAUACUUCUGACAAGCAACACUUGAUCAGUCAAGUCGCCGGACUAGCCUGUGAGGCUGCAUCGGCAGCUUUAGGCUCCGGCCAAAGGCCAGAAGUUGCACUAAGCUUCCUCGAACAAGGUCGUGGUGUUCUUGCAACGUCUAUCCAGGAUGUACGAGCUGAUGUUCUCGAACUCCGAGACAAGCACCCUGAGUUGGCAGAGAAGUUCACCAACGUCAGAGAGGAACUGGAGCAGUCCAACACGCGGAAGCCGACAGAUACAAACCAACAGUCCUCAGGGCCCGACUUGGACAAAUACUUCGACGAGAUUCUUGGUCAGAUUCGCGAAAGUCCCGGCUUUGAAGAAUUUUUGAUGGCUCCGAGUGCUUCCAGGAUGCAGGAGGCUGCGGGACUCGGUCCAAUCGUGGUCAUCAAUGUCAGUGUGCUCCGCUGCGAUGCGAUAAUAGUUGAGCAACAUCAGAUACGGUAUGUACCGCUGCCGAAACUCAGCGGACGCGAAAUAAGAGAUAAGGCCCAGACGAGCCUAGGAGGCACACAAACCUUAGAGUGGCUAUGGGAUGUUGUUGUACAUCCGAUCCUCAUCAGUUUGGGGUUCACUAAACCUCCCGUCAACGCCGAGUGGCCUCAUAUCUGGUGGAUUCCUACGGGCGCUCUCUGCAAGUUUCCUCUACAUGCAGCUGGAUACCAUCUACGAAACUCAUCCGAAACUGUGUUGGAUAGGGUUGUGUCUUCUUACAGUUCUUCGAUCCGGGCUAUGAUUCUUGGCCGCCGACAAACAAGUGUUUCCGUGUCAAGUCAGGCAAUGGCACUCCUUGUUGCUAUGGAAGACACUCCUGGAAGUGCUCAUCUCCAAUUUGCGCGACAGGAGGUUGAACAAGUACGCAAGCUUUGUGUCACAAUGAACCUCACGACAGUCGAACCAAAGCGACGCAAGCAAGAGAUUUUAUCAUACUUGAAUGAUUGCAGAAUAUUUCACUUCGCUGGUCACGGUUACACAAAUGAGAAUGAUCCAUCGAACAGCUAUUUGUUAUUGGAAGAGGGAAGAAACGAGCCUCUUACAGUAGCCAAUCUGUUGGAGUUGAACCUACACAAGCACUCACCCUUUCUCGCCUACUUGUCAGCCUGCGGGACUGGUAGAAUUAAAAACGACAAGUUUGUUGACGAGAGCAUUCAUUUGAUUGGAGCUUGUCAGGUUGCAGGCUUCCGCCAUGUGAUAGGAACGUUAUGGGAGGUUUAUGAUGAGCAAUGCGUGGAUACAGCAGUGAGCAUAUACAAAGAGAUGCGGCGCGGCAACAUGACGGAUAUAUCAGUUUGUAUAGGGCUCCAUACUGCUGUUCGAAAUUUGCGAGACCGUUGGCUAUGUACAGCAAGAGAAGAGAAACUACAGAGGAGCCCAGGAGAGCUAACUACUACUCGCAGUGUGAGCCGGGAGGAUUCUAAAGACGAUCGACUGUUGCGAGAUGUCAAACUAGUAGAUGAUAGUGAAGUAUUGAGGCCUUUAUACUGGGUCCCAUACAUUCAUUUUGGAGUUUAA